AUGGAGCUCGGCUUGGCUCGCGACUCCUGCAUCCCGCCACCCACAAUCAAGAAUGGUGCGGCCAAGUCGAAGGCCCUGUCCCAAAAGAAGCUGUACGGCGACCUCCUCGGGAAGGAAAAGAAGGUAGCGGAAAUGGCAUCUUUCGAUCCGGAGCCAGUUAUGGGGGUGAUCGACAUGCUCGACAACGAAAUUGCAGGGAGCGAUGGUAUUUAUGACACGCAGGAUUCUCUCGAGGUCAGGGAUAAAGAAAGGCCCAGGGAGAGGCGAAUCAAGAGCAGCAUUGAGCCGAAAAGGCCGAAAAUGCAGCACAGUAUCAAGGCUAACAAUAGGACACAGAGGACGAACCCAAGGUAUCUCAAGGAGAGUAGGGGUGCGCUAUGA